UGAGAGUAUUCAAAAUAAUCAUAAUCAUAUUCAUACACUUAUCAUAUCAAAUUGUGCUCUCUUCGACACACGUCGUAAAGAUGAGAAAGAGUUAGCACUACACUCAAAAUAAACAAUUCGUCGGCGUGUGGAGAAGCUUCUCAUUUUAGUAAUAAUUUGAUCAAAUUUAUGAUAAUUUUCAUUGUUUUGUUUGUGUGAACCGCAAUCGUAAUCCAAAAUUCAUACGAUACUAAAGUGAGUCUCAGACACAAAAGUAGAAAAAAAAUGAAGAAAGUCAAAAUAGUCUCUUUUCUCAUCACAUUCAUCCAGUGUACAGCAGUUUUAAUCAUACCUGUUGCCAUAAGUUUUACAGUUCCAAUUGCCAAAAGAGGAUUCUUUUGUAAUGAUCCAGCAUUGUCACUUCCUAGACUUUCGGAUACAAUACCAAAUGCAAUACUUGUGUUUUGGGGAUUUUCUCCGAUUUUUGUGUUGUUAUUAUGUGAGAUCGUAUUUAAUCGCAAGACAUGUGACAGCAAUCUCUCGUGCCUGAAUGUUAGUUGGAGAAAUACAAGUUAUCUCUAUCAUCGCUAUGUCAUCAACUUAGUUCUCAUGCAUGUCUUUCUUUUUACUGUAAAGUACUGUACUCGAUCUCAUAGACCACACUUUUUUGAAACAUGUAAGCCUGAUGCUCUUCUUACAUGUAAGGAUGGUACAUUCGUCCAAAAUUAUACAUGCACAAACAAACAAGCAUCAUUUGAUAUCAUCGAUUCAUCACAGAGCUUUUUUAGUGGACAUGCGGCAGUUUGUUUCUAUAGCUGCACAUUUAUCGCAUGGUAUCUUCAAAAACGCAUAAAGUCUAGAAAUGUUUUAUUGCUUCCAUUAGUUCAAACUUUAUUGAUUUCGCUCGCCUAUUUUGGUGCCAUUUCGAGAGUAUUUGAUCAUCGUCAUCAUGUCAUUGACGUUACCGUUGGUUCAAUUGUUGGAAUUUUGACUUGUAUACAUGCUUGGCUUUACCAAUGUAGGACUUUUGCGAAUGACUUUCAAAGUCUACCGAGCACUUGUCUACGAAAAAUUGCACCAAUGCCAUCUCACAACGGUGACAGUAAUACGAACGCAACGAAUGAAGGAUAGAAAAAAUAUGAAGCACUUGUGAGGCGUGAAAAAGGACUGUUAAAUUAAUUGCAUUGUAAAUGCUUUAUAAGUUUUAAAAAAGUAUUGCGUGAUGGAUGUCGCAUAGGGAAACGUCAUUGAGUAUUAAGGAGUCUGAAAAUUUGAAUGUGUAUUGUGAAUAAUUUAUUGAAAUAUUUUCAAAACCAAGUUUUUAAGCUGUCGAUUGAUAUUUAUAUAAUAAAUAAUUUCUAUGAAACUA